GAUUUUGCAUUUCAAAACAUAACAACCAGGAGGUGACGGUCUCUAUAAUAAACACUUAAAUAGACCACCGUGUCCAACCUCACCUCAUGUCAAAGUGUGCAGCAGCUAGCAACAGUGGGGAACAGGUGAUUUCUGUUCGUAAUCCUGAUCGGUCUCCCGCGCCGAACCGGUGGUGCGCCUCCGUUCUUGUGUCCCUCACUGUCGCAGCACAUCGCAAGGCUAAAGAUCACCAUGCUGCCCAACACUUUGGCUCGUGUCGUAGCAAUACUGCUCGCCGCGGGCUUCACGGCGGCGGCGCUGGCCUCGGCCACGACGUUCGUCGUCGGCAACGACCAGGGGUGGACGAUCGGCGUCGACUACAUCGCCUGGGUCAGAGGCAAGACGUUCAAGGUCGGAGACAAACUGGUGUUCAGCUACCCGAGCGCGGAGCACACGGUGACGGAGGUGGGGAAGAACGACUACUUCGCCUGCGCCGGCGGCGGCGCGCUGCGCAACGACCGCAGCGGCUCGACCAACGUCACGCUCACGGGCCCCGGCACGCGCUACUUCAUCUGCAACAUCCCGGGACACUGCACCAUCGGCAUGAGGCUCGCCGUCACCGUUGCCGGGGACGGCUCGCCGCCCCCGGUCGUCACUUCGGCAGCCACUGCAGCCACGACGGGCUCCCGGAUCCGGCCAAGGAUGGGCCCUGCAGUCGCUGCGGCCGCGGGAGCUAUGAUCAAGCUCGCGUUGUAGUAUAAGUCAGCUAAUUAGCAGUUAACACUUCGACUAUGAAACGAAGCUAAGCAUGAUCAACACCUUCGAUUUUGCGACGCGGUAUAAGCUGAAGGCCACGAGCAUGACAAGGAUGAAACCCUCGGAUCAGCCGAUCAUCAGAUGAAGCUUGGAACCGAAGGUGACGUCCGUAAGUCGCAGCAGAACUGCAGAAGAAGAAGCAUGUGAGUCGUUGGCGAAGGUCCAGGCAGAAGCUCACGAGGGAAGCAUGAAUGAACAAGAUAAAGAAGUCUGAAUUGUAUACUUCUCUUCCCAAUAAAAACCAUAUGGUAGAGCAUAUUCCAGGAAUAUUGUAAAAGUAAAGGGUAAAAUAGGAAUGUAAAAAUCCCUCUACUUAGUAUAAAUAUUAAAGGAAGACUUUUUUUUUAGAAAAUCAUGAACUGUAAUCUUGUGAAGACAUAAUAGUAUUACAGUUCACUA